AUGUAUGAGUCCCAGGAGUCUGCACAGCUGGCUCCAGUCAAUGACGGAUCUGGCUGUACUGCACCAUGCAGGGACUGUGCAGAAAACACAAAGCUGCUACACACAAUUUUGCAAGAGCUGAGGGAACUCAGAGAAGGGUUAAAUGCCAGAAGCGAUGAUUAUAAGAAAUUCGUCAUGGAGAAUUCAGAUAUUGAGACAGUUGUAAUAAUGAGCCUUACAAACAAAGACAAUGUUGUUACUAGCUUUGUCAGCUGGAACAAAUUCCAGGUUAAAGUGGUGUCCUUAGUGCACAGACUAGGAAUAAAGGCUGAUAUGCCAAUGAUCAUGCGAAGAGUAAACAAAUUUGCAGCAAGGAAGUUUGUUGACUUUCGAUCACAAACAAAAGUUAAGGUUUGUACAUAUUUAAUGAAAUCAAAUGAUUUUUUGCUGUCAGGGAAAAAGGACGCUGGAUAUCUGAGUGUUCAGGACCUGGGGAAAGAGUUGUUCCAGAGAUUCUCCCCAGUCCUGAACAAUCAGAUUGAACAGACUACAGUUGUUUUGAGCCUUCUGCAUGAACGAAAGCUAUUCAAGAAAAGGCGAAGUGAGGUUUUCACUUCAAUGGAUUUCUGGUCUGAAUUUAAGACAUUCAGAAGGAUGGUGGAGGAAGACCAGGAUCCAUUGAAGUGGGAAAGGCUGAUGACCAGGGAAGAAAAGAGGAUUGAGAGAUAUCAAAAGCUCCUCUGUGAGUUUAUAUUUUCAAUGUUACAUUUUUACAAUUAA